AUGGGCGAGCCAUCCCCAUCUCACCAGCAAGGACUCGAGGGGCUUUGGAGUGCAACACAGAACCAGGGAAUGCCCAGGACAAACCCUGACAGGAGCAUUCCCUACGGCUACGACCCCACGAGUGGCCAUAUUCCCAUUCCGGUGCCAGGAUAUCGGCAGCAAGGUCCACACCUUGUGACGCCCACUGAGUCUCCUCAGAGCAGUGAGGACCGGACACAGGAGGGUCCCGCAGUCAAGCGCAGCAGCUCAAUGCAGGCCAACAGCGGGUCUCCCUCAAACCAGGGGAGCAAAUCCUUUAAGGAAGUGUUGGCAGAACGGAAUAAGCAGGCACAGAGGCGGUUCAGGCAGCGGCAAAAGGACAAGAUUGAGGAGCUGCAGAACAAGCUGACUGCUCUGCAGUCUCAGCGGACGCAGCUCACCAGCAGAUCCCACAUGCUCGCAACCGCUCGCCAGCUGCGCAAAGAGGAGCUGAGGAAGCUGCGGGAGCGGCAGGCGGCGGCAGUGGAUGCUGACGAGGAGGAUCUGGCGCGCGAAUUCAGCGGCGCAGUACGGCUGACUGUGCACGAGCAGCGCGAGGUCACGCUGUCCCCAGACCAGAUAAAGCAGAUGACGGAGAAGGAUCUGGCGCGGCUGUGGAGCCAGUAUGUGAAGGAGCUGGCGGUGCUGCUGGUGCUGGCCGAGGGCCCCCAGCCGCCGCCCGAGGUUGUUGAGCGCAUGCAGGAACUCGUGCAGCGCGAACUGCUUCUCCUCUACAUCAGGGCGGCGCUGACAAAUAUGAGCAGCGUGAAGCGGUUUGUGGCAAACUACAAGGUGGAGGAGAUGCGCAUGCACCUGGGCGACGAGGGCGUUGGCAUGUGGCGCACAGUUGCACUCGCGCUGCAGCUCAGCCCAGAGCAGUCCGACUCCACCACCAAGCUCUGGCGCUCCUUCAGGACUAAAUUGGCGGAGCUAUUUGCCUCGCGCCAGACGUGCCAUGCAGGCAUUGCAGACUCCAUGCCGAGCGGCGUCAUGGGCCAGGACUUUGCUGUGCAGUACCUUAGGGCAUGCGAGCAGAUGGAUACUCUGAAGAAGAACCUGCGGCAGGAGCACGUGCUCAUCCACGACUUCCUGUCCACCUUUUACACACAGACACUGACUCCGCUGCAGAUGGCGCGGUGUGUGGUGAGGUCAUUCCCCUGGUACCCAGACAUCCCUGCCAUCACAACCUGGAUGGCUGCACAGCACGGAGACCCUGAAGCCCAGGGGUUGCUAAAAAGUCUCAUGCCCAAUGUUAAAGUAGAAUUGUGA